CAACAUCUAACAAAAAAAUCAAUAUUACAAGUUUUUUUUUUUUCUUAACAAAAUGGGGUAUAACUUUUUAUUUUCUCCAAAUAAAGCACACGAUUCAGAGUCCGACUAUGAAGAUUUAAAAAGUAUUUUUCUUUACAAAAUGGCAUGUAACUUUUUAUUUUUCAUAAAAAUAAAGCAUAUGACUCCGACUCCGACGAUGAAUAGUGGCGUAACCAAUCGCUUCGUAAGCAACAUUGCAGAAAAACAAGAAAUACUGUAGAAAAAUAAGAGGAAUCAAUAAUAUAAAAUUAAAAAAAAAAACAUUUUACAGCACCAUUUUCUAAUUUUUUUUAAAUUUAUAAUUAUAUGACUAUAUUUUUUUUUAUUAUGCUUAAACCCCAACAAUGGAAAUCAUUUCCUUAAACCCUCUCUCUAUUUUGCUCUCUUAUUUUCCACCAUGGCAACCUCGAGGCUCCCUUUGGUUCGCCGUACUCUUUUUCUUCUUCACCCCAAUCCUCCACCGCCCUUUCCUCAGCUCUCGCCAUUUUCUCCGCCGCCGCUUAAUUACUCCACGUUCGAGCGUUCAUACGCUCGAUGCUCUUCCGUUUCCAUGGAAGAAUCUGCUUCAUCCAAACCCAUCAAUCCAGAAAUUCGAAGAAACCGCAAAAACCCUAGCUGGAAACCAAUGUGCUUAUACCACACUCAAGGUAGGUGCACUAAGAUGGAUGAUCCUCUGCACGUUGAGAAAUUCUGCCAUAGUUGCUCGGUGGAGCUCGGGGGAGAUGUUGCAGAGGUACGGAGUCACCGUGCUCAAGAGUUCGACUACUUUCUAGUGCUGGAUUUGGAGGGGAAAGUCGAGAUUUUGGAGUUUCCGGUGCUGUUAUUCGAUGCGAAAACUAUGGAUGUGGUGGAUAUGUUUCACAGGUUUGUGAGGCCUACAAAGAUGGGUGAGAAAAGAAUAAAUGAGUAUAUCGAGGGAAAAUACGGAGGAUUUGGUGUUGACCGUGUUUGGCACGAUACAGCAAUAAAAUUUGAUGAAGUUAUCGAACAAUUUGAAACAUGGCUGAAAAAGGACAGAGGUGGACAAAUCCAGUUAUGGAGAGAAGAUGGAGAUGGGCGUUUGAAUGGAGCCGCAUUCGUGACCUGUGGAAAUUGGGAUUUGAAGACCAAAGUACCUCAGCAAUGUGAAGUAUCAGGGAUGAAACUUCCACCAUAUUUUAUGGAAUGGAUAAAUCUCAAGGAUAUUUACCUGAACUUUUACAACAGAAGGGCACCAGGAAUGAUGUCGAUGAUGAGGGAACUCCAAAUUUCGCCGUUAGGAAGUCACCAUCUCGGCAUUGACGAUUCCAAAAAUAUCGCCAGAGUUUUGCGUCGUCUGCUUACUGAUGGUGCCAUUUUGCAGCUCACGGCAAGGCGAGUCUCGGGUUCUCCAAGUAAUGUUAGGUUUCUUUUUCAAAAUCGGAUUAAAUAGCUUAUUUUCUCUAUGGUCGAAUCAUUAUGCUGUAGUAUCUGUGCAAAAUUUUUCCCAGAGGCUUCAAUAGGAGUAGAUUCUUUAAUUUGUGGUGAGUUGCUUUAAGGUUUUGGGUUAUUCAUAUUUCAUAAACAUGUUUGAGUCUGCAAACUAUAGAUAGUAGAUUCUUUAAUUUGUUGUGAGUUGCUUCAAGGUUUUAGGUUAUUCAUAUUUCACAAACAUGUUUGAGUUUGCAAACUAUAGAUAUAGGUUGUGUUUGAUAAGUACAUACGUUAGCUUAUAACUUAUUUGAUUAAAUUUUAAGCUUCAU